UAAUAAUGUCGUACGAGAACUUUGAUAUUGAGAACGGAACUAGGUCAAGCACUAUAGUUGAGCUGAAGAAAAUGCCAUUGCUUGAUAAAGGAGAUAUUACAGAGAUUUAUCAUGAAAUUAAAUUGAGAUUAACCAAAAUAGAGCAGAGUAAUAGAAGAGCGAGGAGGGUACUCGAUGAUGUAGAGAGGUUAUCAGAUAGUUAUAAUCCUUACAACCUGGAGGAAUUCAAAGAGUUCUUUACUAAGGAUACUGAUCAAGAAUGAAAAGAUUUGAAAGAAGUUAAGGCAUACUUAGACAAGGCACAGGAGCUGAUUAAUCAAAUGAGAUUGGAAAAUAAGCAUAGCCAGGCUCAGAAAGCAAUGACCAUUUAUCACACGCAGUGAAAGAAGACUACAUCCCUUGCACAGGAGUAUCAAAAACUAUAUGACAGAUUCAUUCAGCAAGAGGCUAAAGCUAAGAUAAGGCAAAGCAUGAAGAACGGUGAAAUCUAUACUAUCGAAGGUAGCGAUGAGGAAAAUGAAAGUGUCAACCAAUCUAUCAGGGAUAUUCAACAAAACCCAUUGCUAACUCAAGAGCAGAGAAGGACAAAGGUUGAGGCUGAGAUCACUAAAUACAUGAUCCAGAAUAGAAGAGAGGGAAUUUCUAAAGUAUCAAACGUCAUGUCUGGAAUCAGAGAGCUUGGCAUUGAAUUCAACAAAGAAGUUGAUCUUCAAGGGGAUAAAUUAGCAAACGUAGUCCAAGAUAUGGAAGAUGCCAAUGCUAACACUAAGAAAGGAGUCGGUGAGCUAAAUAAAUAUGCAGAUACAAUGAAAGGGAAGGGGACUAAAAUGAUCAUUUGCUUAGUAGUUUUGAUCCUUGUGCUCAUGUUCCUCCUUUAUUUGAUAUUCAAGUAA